AUGCCUUCUUCAAAAGCUGCUGCUCUUUUCACGCUUGCCCUGGCUUCUUUCAACGGCGCGCUGGCCGCGUUGAACCUGGACAGCCCUAGCAACAUUGCGGUAUACUGGGGGCAGAAUUCCUAUGGACAGUCUACCGGUCCCUAUGUUCAGCAGCGUCUGUCACAUUAUUGCAGGACAACGGACGCAGAUGUAUACCAACUCUCCUUCGUGACGAGGAUCAACGGAGCUGGCGGUGUUCCUGAAGUCAAUUUCGCAAAUGCCGGCGACAACUGCACCGCAUUUCCAGGGACUCAGCUUCUAGAGUGCCCUCAAAUCGCCGAGGACAUCAAAGAAUGCCAAUCACUUGGACGGACAAUACUCCUCUCAAUCGGAGGAGCAACGUACAACGAAGGCGGCUUUUCCAGCGAAGCAGCCGCAAUUGCCGGCGCGAAGAUGAUCUGGGAGACCUUUGGACCUGUUUCCAAUUCCUCUGCGAAACGACCGUUCGGAGAUGCGGUGGUCGAUGGGUUUGACUUCGACUUCGAGGCAGUGGUCAACAACAUGCCCGCCUUUGGUAACCAGUUGCGGUCGUAUUACGGUAGCGAUGCUUCAAAGAAAUACUACACCACAGCUGCGCCCCAGUGCCCCUACCCAGACGCCGCAGAUGGCCCCAUGCUCGAUGGUGCUGUGUACUUCGACGCGAUCUGGAUUCAGUUCUACAACAACUUUUGCGGACUCCAAUCAUUCGUCCCCGGCAGCUCCACACAGACGAACUUCAACUUCGAUGUCUGGGAUAAGUGGGCGCGUGAAACGUCUCUGAACAAAAACGCCAAAGUCUUUCUUGGUGUUCCCGGGAACAAAGGUGCGGCUGGGACUGGCUACCAGCCUAUAUCGACAGUGACCGAGAUCAUUCAGUAUGUGAAAAAGUUCAGCAGUUUUGGAGGAGUCAUGAUCUGGGAUGCGAGUCAGGUAUACGCCAACAGCGGCUUUCUUUCGGGACUCAGGUCCGCUUUGGGGGGUGGAAGCGCUCCAACUGCGACGACGAGCUCAACCACGACAUCGAACACGGCCUCACCGACCCCGACGACACAGACUACAUCGACCAGUACCACGCUGACCACCACCACGAAGUCCUCCACGACCAGUUCAACGUCGGGUCAGCCGACCGCCACAACCACCUCGACGGUGUGUCCGGUUGCCGGGCAGACAUGCCCGACGAAUGGAGCUGUUUCUUGCAAUGGCAGCCAAUUCGGCAUCUGCAACAAUGAGCGCUGGGAGAUGCAGCAAUGUCCCGCUGGGCUGGUUUGUGCUCAGGGUAGCUCGGGUGUCUAUUGUGACUUCCCUGGAUCCGCUGGUGUCACGCCUUGUUCUUGA